AUGCAUGCUGGAUUGGUGUCAAAGACACGUCUGAUAGUCAUCAAUACUCCAGAUCUACUUGAUCUUGCUCUCUCCUCUGAGGAAGAAGAUGUGAGGAAUUGUUUCCGACUGGCUUACCCUGGACCUCAUGUCCUGCUGCUGGUCCUAAAGCCUGGCACAUUUACAGAGCAGGAUAGUGAAGCUCUAAAACUCAUAAACAUCAUUUUUGGCGUAGGUUCCUUGGAGUAUAUGAUUGCGGUCUUUAUGUGUGAGAAUCAAAUGGAGUAUUUGAGCACUGACAGCUAUGAUGUUGGCAGCAAUGCGGUGGAGUCUCUUUUACAGACCUGCAGACAGCCAAUCCACCAUCUACAGAAGAAAGAGGGUCAGCUCCAGGUGCAGAAACUUCUGGACAGCAUUGAGAAGAUGUUGGAGGAAAAUGGAGGCCAUUUUUUAAGAUUCCUGAAGAAUUACACCAUCACUGGUACUGAGAAGAGCUCCAAUGAUGUAAGGAUUGUAUUAGUUGGAAAAACCGGAGUAGGGAAGAGUGCAACAGGAAACACCAUCCUGGGGCGUGAUGCGUUUAAGUCAGAGUGCUGCAUGACAUCUGUAACUAAGAAGUGCCAAAGAGCGAGUGGAGAUGUCUGUGGGCGAUCAGUGACCGUGGUGGACACACCAGGACUCUUCGACACAACCUUCAGCAAUGACGAGAUCCAGCAGGAGAUCAUGAGAUGCAUCGAACUUUCAGUUCCUGGACCACAUGUGUUUCUGCUUGUGAUCGCUGUCGGCCCAUUCACGCAAGAAGAAAGAGAAACCGUUCAGUUGAUCAAGUUGACCUUCGGACAAAAAGCAGAGACCUACACUAUGGUGGUGUUUACACGGGGAGAUUGCCUUGCAAAAAGUAUUGAAGACAACAUUAAGGAUACACAACUCCAGCAACUGAUCCAUGACUGCGGAGGAAGAUAUCAUGUGUUCAAUAAUAAAGAAAAGAUCCUGCUCAGGUUGUGA